GACCCCCGUCGGCACCCCAGAGGCGCGCCGGGUCUGGGCGGCCGCUGUCUAGGAUUCUUGUUCCCGGGCGUGCCCGGCGUCCCCGACUCCAGUCUCGGAGUGUCGGGCCUCGCCCGCCCCGUCGGCUCCUGCUAGCGUCUGCCCCUUGUCGCCGUCAGGGCCUGCCCCCCAACUCCCCUUUUUCGCUCUGGGGGCAGGGUCCUCGCGGCCCAUGCUGGCCGCUGGGGACCCACGCAACCCAGCUCGCUCUUGGGCCGGCCAGCCGGCCACCAUGGUGGCCCUGAGGCCUGUGCAACUCCUCCAGGGGGGCUAACAGGUCCAGAGCACAGGCUUUGGGGCGCGAGGGUCCCAGGCCUGAGCCCCGCGCCAUGGCCGGGGCCAUCGCUUCCCGCAUGAGCUUCAGCUCGCUCAAGAGGAAGCAGCCCAAGACGUUCACAGUGCGGAUCGUCACCAUGGACGCCGAGAUGGAGUUCAAUUGCGAGGUGAAAUGGAAAGGGAAGGACCUGUUUGAUUUGGUGUGCCGGACUCUGGGGCUGCGGGAAACCUGGUUUUUUGGACUACAGUACACAAUCAAGGACACCGUGGCCUGGCUCAAAAUGGACAAGAAGGUGCUGGAUCAUGAUGUUUCAAAGGAGGAGCCGGUCACCUUUCACUUCCUGGCCAAAUUUUAUCCUGAGAAUGCUGAGGAGGAGCUGGUUCAGGAGAUCACACAACACUUAUUCUUCUUGCAGGUGAAGAAGCAGAUUUUAGAGGAAAAGAUCUACUGCCCUCCUGAGGCUUCUGUGCUCCUGGCUUCUUAUGCUGUCCAGGCCAAGUAUGGUGACUACGACCCCUCAGUGCACAAACGGGGGUUUUUGGCCCAAGAAGAAUUGCUUCCAAAAAGGGUAAUAAAUCUAUAUCAGAUGACUCCAGAAAUGUGGGAGGAGAGAAUUACAGCUUGGUAUGCAGAGCACCGAGGCCGAGCCAGGGAUGAAGCUGAAAUGGAGUACUUGAAGAUAGCUCAGGACCUGGAGAUGUAUGGUGUGAACUACUUUGCAAUUCGGAAUAAAAAGGGCACAGAGUUGCUGCUUGGAGUAGAUGCUCUGGGACUUCACAUCUAUGACCCUGAGAACAGGCUGACCCCCAAGAUCUCCUUCCCGUGGAAUGAAAUCCGAAACAUCUCAUACAGCGACAAGGAGUUUACUAUUAAACCACUGGAUAAGAAAAUUGAUGUCUUCAAAUUUAAUUCCUCAAAACUCCGUGUUAAUAAGCUGAUUCUUCAAUUAUGUAUUGGGAACCAUGACCUAUUUAUGAGGAGAAGGAAGGCUGAUUCUUUGGAAGUUCAGCAGAUGAAAGCCCAAGCCAGGGAGGAGAAGGCUAGAAAGCAGAUGGAGCGGCAGCGCCUAGCUCGAGAGAAACAGAUGCGGGAGGAGGCUGAACGCACAAGGGAUGAGCUGGAGAGGAGGCUGCUACAGAUGAAAGAAGAAGCCACGAUGGCCAAUGAAGCACUGAUGCGGUCAGAGGAGACAGCAGACCUGUUGGCUGAAAAGGCCCAGAUCACCGAGGAAGAGGCCAAACUCUUGGCCCAGAAAGCCGCAGAGGCAGAGCAGGAGAUGCAGCGCAUUAAGGCCACAGCCAUUCGGACAGAGGAAGAGAAGCGCCUCAUGGAGCAGAAGGUGCUGGAGGCUGAGGUGCUAGCACUGAAGAUGGCUGAGGAGUCAGAGAGGAGGGCCAAGGAGGCAGAUCAGUUGAAGCAGGACCUGCAGGAAGCCCGUGAGGCAGAGCGAAGAGCCAAACAGAAGCUUUUGGAAAUCGCCACCAAGCCCACAUACCCGCCCAUGAACCCAAUUCCAGCACCAUUGCCUCCUGACAUACCAAGCUUCAACCUCAUUGGUGACAGCCUGUCUUUCGACUUCAAGGAUACUGACAUGAAGCGGCUUUCCAUGGAAAUAGAGAAAGAAAAAGUGGAAUAUAUGGAGAAGAGCAAGCAUCUCCAGGAGCAGCUUAAUGAGCUCAAGACAGAAAUCGAGGCCUUGAAACUAAAAGAAAGGGAAACAGCUUUGGAUAUUCUGCACAAUGAGAAUUCGGACAGAGGUGGCACCAGCAGCAAGCACAAUACCAUUAAAAAGCCUCAAGCCCAAGGCAGAAGACCUAUCUGCAUUUGAGCCCUCAAAACAGGGUCUAAGUAAGUGGCUGAGACCUUGAACUUGUGCUCCUGGAAUUACAAGCGUGCACCACUGCACCCAUCUCAAUAGCGGAUUCUAUUGGCCUCUUUUCCAAAGGAUGUCAAUCCAAGCCUGGUUUUGGUCAAGAUGCUUUACCCAGUCAAGCAGUUGUUCUUUAGGAGGUGUUGAGCCUACAAACUGCCUUGCUGGCCUAGGAUAUUUUAUGACUAUUUGGAAGUGCCUGAGGCCAUUAUUGGGCCUUAUUUGAUGCAGUAAAACAUCCCAUUUGGCCCUUGGGCUCUGAAGAUAUGUUUCAGUGCGGCUCUCCACGGGCAUCUGAUUUGUUGCUGCAACAGUGGGAGGGAAGAGCCGGGAUGCAAACUCAUUCUGCUGGCUCGAGGUUCCAUUCUUAUGAGCCUUGCCAUGAUUUCUCUUUCGAGAUUGGCAAUUUAAAAGUGACAUGAGGGGGCUGGGGAUGUGGCUCAAGCGGUAGCGCGCUCGCCUAGCAUGCGUGCGGCCCGGGUUCGAUCCUCAGCAGCACCACAUACCAACAAAGAUGUUGUGUCCGCCGAGAACUAAGAAAAAAUAAAUAAAUGUUAAAAAAAAAAAAAAAGUGACAUGAGUAUUUCUGGACCUCUUUCCUAAGGCUCUUGCUCUCAGAGCUCAGUAGACACCAUUUAGCCUCCACCUGCCCAGUGAGGUGAAUCAAGCCUAUUAGUCCAUUUGUCAGAUGGAAGAACAAAGUAGCAAAAGGCCCUACCAGCCUCACAGUGGCAGCUGAAGACACGGACAGACACAUUUCUAGACAUCUUUCUGCUGCCUUAGGUCCCUGAAGGAUUAAUACACAAUAGGGCCCCCUGGGUUUUCCUGGGAACAUUUCUUUUUAGAGCUAAUACCAAAUUGGAUUUGUUUGUUGGAAUGGACGUGGCUUUUCAUUCCACCCCUGUUUAGAAAUAAGCGUGCAGACAGCCCUGUCCCUGUGCUCAUCACCAGAUGGCAUUUGGGUGCAAGCCAUCCCUAGCAAGACUGCAGAAGAGCUUCAUCUGGCCACUUUAUAGCAGCAACCCCCUUCAGCAGCCCUACCCCUCUUUGGCUCCAGUUUAGAAGGGGGACUGCUUACCACACCCCAAACCAAAGACUAGAUUGGAAUUUCCUGCUCCUAGAUGUGGCUGCCACCUUUCUGCUCCAGAGUCUGCUUCCCCCCUGUGGAUCCUUAUGCCAAACAAUCUGCAUGUCCUUUUGUAUCUUCGCUGUCCCUUGCUCCUUCAUUUUUAAUAUGUAGUGGCGGAGAGGAAGUAUAACAUGAUUUUAGAGCCUGCAUUUCAAUUUCACUGCAUUUUUAUGGGACAAGCAGAGUCUUCGUGCCAGGAGUUAUUAGGUUAGUAUCUAAAAUGGGUUCAGUGCUAUUGGCAUUAUUGUUUAAGAUGAAUUAGAUAGCCCCCUCCCCCUUCCUUACCCCCCCCCCCUUGGGAUGAGUGGAUUGAGGCGAGGCCCCCAGAGACUAGUUGAAGGAAUCCUGGAACUCUGAUUAGUUUUGUUCUUCCAGCUUAAAUGUAGAGCUUCCUUUCUCCACUACUGAUAGCCCAAGUGGCUCUCUGUCCUACCCACUCCUCCACCCCCUUUUGCUUUAGGAACAAGAUUAUCACAAUGCGGCCUUGUGAAUCAAUUUUCUCUCUGUGCUGAUGAAAGUGUAAUUCAUUCUUAAUCAAGCAGCCUUGCCGAUGCAGGCUCCGUGCCGGAAUACAUUUAGUUACCCUCCCAUCACUUUGGGAAACAGUCCCCUAAAAGGACUUUUAGAGGAGAACUAGAGGAAUUGGCAGCCCGCCAGCACUGUGGGUCUCCAGCAGGGGGCACUCUUAGGAGCGAUUUUUAAGGAACUGUGCUUCCACGUGGGCCACCAAGAAGGUGAGAGUGCUUGUCACAGAUACCUUCCAGGCUUGCUGUCUCCAGGCCCUGGGGACAUUUCUCCAGAGCAUCUUGAUGGGCUGCUGUCACAUAGCAGUGAGCAAGAGCCGGCUGCAUCAGAUUGCAUGCCUGGGUUAAGGAGACCCAGCUGGCGACCAGGUCCUCUUCUAGGGCUGGGAGGAGCCAGCCUCCUGUCUUACAAGGAGACAGAUUUGUCUCCUGAAUCUGAACUGGUUUAAAUUGGGUGUAAGGGCCAUUUUUGUCAUAUCACAUAGUUUGUGGAACAAAAGGAGGCCUUGAUCUGCUGAGUGGCUUCCUUUCCUAUUCUUCCACAGCUUGGCAGCUGUCACAAACAACUGGUUGUUUGAUGGAGCAGAAGGUAGGAUGAAAGGUGAUUGUGACAGGGUCAAGUCUGUGGAUGCUGGGCAGGAGGUAAGAGCCAGCCUCGCAGGUGGAUCAGAGACCCCAUAAGAUUUAAAAAAAAAAAAAAAAAGCCC